CUCCAGGUAGACUUCGAGGACAUAAUCGCCGAGCCUGCAGGGACCUACAGCUUUGACGGCGUGUGGAAAGCCAGCUUCACCACCUUCACCGUCACCAAGUACUGGGUUUACCGGCUGCUGACGGCGCUGGUGGGCAUCCCCCUGGCGCUGAUCUGGGGAAUCUUCUUCGCCAUCUUGUCCUUCCUGCACAUCUGGGCCGUGGUGCCGUGCGUCAAGAGCUACCUGAUCGAGAUCCACUGCGUCAGCCGCGUCUACUCCAUCUGCGUUCACACCUUCUGCGACCCCUUAUUCGAAGCCAUGGGAAAGUGCCUGAGCAGCAUCAGAAUCAGCACCACCAAGGAGGUGUAGUAGGAGAGGAGGAGGAUUUACGGAAAGAGGGGAGGGAAGAUGGGAGGGCUAGAGCAACACAAAAGGAGGGGAAAGUCAAAAGAAGAAAUGGACCUCUGGAAAACGAGUGACUUUUCCAGAUGGGGCCAGGUUGUGUGGAAAUAAAGGGGCGUGGUCACAUGGCAUCUGACUCCGCCUUUUUUUCCAAAAGCUGUUUUUUCUCUCCAGUGUUGGUGUUACCAAACGGGUGGGCACAACAAAUCAAAGGGUCGUUCUCCAGGGUUUUUAUUUUGUUUGUUUUUUUCAUUCUUCACUGUUGUUAGGCAAACCUGUUUUUCUAUUUUGUUUUUCCACAUGAUGUAAACUCCUUUCAAUCUUCCUGUUUCUGAGGAGAGCUUAUCACUUUGAUUGAAGAGGGGUGUAUCUCUCGUGCUUAUUCGUGUUUGUUUUUUGGAGCCGUUGGGCGGGGGUGGGGCGGUUUGGUUGGUUGGUUGGUUGGAUGUCGGGGUUUAGUCAGGUCAAAGCAGAGACAAAGAGUGAACACUGCCAAAGUCUAUCUGACUCAGCAAAAUCAAAACAAGCCGAAAAGCACAGAAACAACCCCUCCCUCUGGCCUCCAUGACCUCCACAUCCACAAAAUCAUCCGCCCACCCCCCACCUCCACCCUUCGCUGGCUUUCCAGCAGUCUGACACACUGAACCUGCCCUCGUUCCUGCAUGCACCUGCGUCGCCUUGCAAACAAAUCGCCGUCCGCCACCGCCACUCUGCAUUCGCUUCUUACUUCACCUCCACCUCAAAUGUUUCCAGUGCAGGUUUCAUCCCCAUUAUCCUCAUGACAGUGUGACAGAGAAUGUUAGUUAUUUGAUGUUUGCAAAGAAAAUACUCUUUCUGACCAAUUUAGGCCUUUCAUUCUUCAGUGAAGCUUCUUUUGAAAUGCUCCAUAGUGAAUGCUUCUUUUGUUUCCCCUACACUAUGAAUAUGAAGAACUUUUGAGGGGUUUAACUUCAAUACCGUUGUUUUUAAUAUCCUGUAUGUACUGUAUGGUUGUCUAUGCAGCAAUUGAGAAGCUACGGCCUCAUUCCAGUGCACUAAUCUAUGAGAAAGUAUUGUUAGUGAAUAGCACUAAUGAAGAUCUUCUGUCUAUAUUUGCAAAGGUAGUAGAGUACUAGCAGCUACGUUUGCACUCUGCACUUUGGAUGUGCAGACACAAGCUUGUGUGGAGAAGUUUUUUAACGCACUGUGGUACUUGCACAGGUUAAUGCAUUGGAAUACAAAUAAUGUGAGAUUGAGUGUGUGAUUUUGGAUGCAUUUGUUGCCAUAUUUUUGCCCCUUUUUUGUCUUCUUGAUUGUUAUAACUUCCCCAUUGUUCUGCCCCCCUGCUUCUUGACUGUGGACACGAUGCUGAAAAGCGUCAAACUGAUGCCUCCCUCCCAAGAGAUUGGUGCAAAGAGGGACUGUUGGGUGGGGUUUCUGCAUUUAGACAGGGGUGGGGGAGGGUGGGGUAGGUUUUAUUGUGACACUAAGCUCGCUUUGACUCAGUCACCUUCAGUCUACCUGCUGUCUUCUCACAGGGAAGGUAACAUUAUAGCACCUGUUCCUUGAAUGGACUGUUUUUAAGCUCCAAAGGUGAUAUUUUUAUAAGAAAAUAUGUUUUUUUCCUUCCUUGCUUUUACUGUACAAUAUCACGCUGUGCACAUUAAAAUUUAAUAUAAUCCA